AUGAAUUUUCUCUAUAACAAUUCAGAUUAUAGUAGCACAUCACAUACUAUGAAGUCACCACUGGCAUAUAAUCAGUUUCCUAAACUACAGGCAAGCAAUUCGACAGCUGGUAACAAUAAUACAGCCACAACAGCAACGGCAGCAGCGGCAGCAGCAUCAGCAUCAGCAUCAGCAUCAGUUACACCACAAUUGAUAUCACCAACAACGUUGACCACACCACAGAACAAGUAUAAACGUGGAGGAUUGGAUAAUACGCUUCCCAAAAUAGAAACUACUAGAAAGAACAGACCGGAUGAUGGCAAUUCAAUCACGCCCAGCAAUUCGAUCAAUAGUGGUACAACAAAGUUAACCUUACCACCACGACGAGUUUGGGUUAAGAAACCGCAAACAAACAACCCAACCACGGUACUUUGUUAUGUGAAUGAUAUAAUUGAUGAUUUAAAAGUAGCAGUGGUGAACAAAUAUCCAAAUACCAUUGGCAGGUACGAGGAUGCUGCCGAUUUGCUUGUUAAGAUAGAUUUGAACAACAUCAGAGUGCCAGUUUCCCCCAGUGUUAAUCGAGUGUCGCAAAGAACUCCAUUUGAUAAUUGUAUAAUUUUGGAACCAGAUCAGAACGUUUGGCAAAUACUAGACAAUUAUUUUCCUAAUGGAAUGGCCAUGCACGAUGCCUUGAUAAUUGAGACACCAACAUUCAAACCAGACCAUCAAAUGCUAACACCAAUAACAGCCAAUAUGAACAAUAAUAGUAACACUUUUAUACCUUUUCAAGAACGUCAAUCGAGUAUCGGGAACAACAACAACAACAACAGUAAUGUAAACAACAACAAUAAAGCACAAGCAGUCAAACACCCGCAACCAAUGCAACCAAACAAUACUCGUGUAGGUUUACACAAGUCUUAUGCCAUGAAUAGGUCGAGUUUCCUGACCAAUAACAACCCUGUCCCAUCUAUCAUCAAGGAUAGAUCGGUGUCACCAUCAAACUUGGGAGUUUCAAGAAACUCUCCUGUUUCCCAUAAAAGAUCAUAUUCAAAUCCAGUUUCUUCACCAAAUUCUGUUGCUACACAAGCUAAUAAUCCGCUGGCAGUUUUACUAUUACCCAGGAAUUUCUCAUUAGCUAAUAAUAAUAGUAAUCAAGCACUGCAAAGUAGUGGUGGAACACCUGCCAAAAAAGUUUUAUCCGAGGACGGAAGUAAAUCGGUCAAUGACAAGACAGAAGAAGUUGUAUCAUCCAAAUUGAAACCAAACGAUAACAAUAAAAGCUAUCAAGCUAAACAGCAAGAACAACAAACUGCCGAACAGUCUGAAAAUGGCUUUAGUGAAACUUCAGCAUCGCCUGAAGCGGUUCAUAAUUCUAAAGCAGCACCAUUACCGUUGACCAAAUCAUCAACAACUGCUACCACAACCUCUUCCAACUCCAUUAGUAAUAACAAUAAUACUAGCAGCAAAGGAAAGCCAAGUCAAUCCAAAUUAAAAGCAGCUAAUGAUCCAACGCCGACGGAUAUAGUGUUACCGUCUAUUUCUGUAUUGGUAGUUGAAGAUAAUGCCAUCAAUCAAGCUAUUUUGGGAGCAUUUUUACGUAAACGUAAAAUUCAUUAUCAAAUUGCAAAAAAUGGCCAAGAAGCAAUAGAUAAAUGGAAAAAGGGAGGGUUUCACUUGGUAUUGAUGGAUAUUCAAUUGCCAGUGAAAUCAGGGAUUGAAGCAACUAAAGAAAUCAGACACUUGGAGAAAUUGAACAGGAUUGGUGUAUUUCAUGAAAACGAAAUUGGGAAAAAUGUAAUAAUUAAUGAAGAAGAUAGAUUGACUUCCAAUACGUUUAGAUCUCCGGUGAUUAUAGUUGCUUUAACCGCCAGUUCAAAUUCUUCUGUGGAUAAGACUAAUGCUUUAACAGCAGGCUGUAAUGAUUAUUUAACCAAACCAGUCAAUUUAGUUUGGUUACAGAAUAAAAUCACAGAGUGGGGGUGCAUGCAAGCAUUGAUUGAUUUUGACGGAUGGAAAGAUAAGAAUCGAAGAUUAAACAAAGCUUGA